GGCUCUCAGCGUGGCCGCCAGCCGCGUGGGAUCCCGAAUCCAACGCGGCACUGCCGGAGGCGGCAUGGACUAUGAGGACGACGGCAACGAUGAAAGGGAUGCCCACGAGAAUGAGGAUGACACACCCUUUGACACCGGGAUCUUCAACCUGGAUGAGCAACAGUACGGCCGUGCCUGGAUGCUGGAGGUUCGUCAGGUGAUGAUGCCCAUCGAGAAGCCCAUUGAGGUGGCGAACCUGAAGUUCCUGAUCUGUCCUUCCGCCGCGCCAGAUGAUGAUGCAGAUCGGGAUAGAGUCCGAGGGCGUGACCGAAAGGGCAAGGGUGCGCAGAAGGGGCAGGCCUCCAAUGCGGGCAGGUUCAUCCCCGAGAUGGGCCGGACCGAGAUCGUGCCGAGAUCCCAACGAGGGACCUGGUGGAGGAAUUGCUGCAGAGAUAGAGGGGAGGUCAUUAUCCGAGAGCAGUUCCUCCUGACCAGCGAGGAGAUAUCCCGUGUGCCUUAUGGCCAGUAUGUGCUGCAGGCUGGGCCUUUGGAGGUCUUCGUGACCGGGCCUGCUCAAGGGCUCCAACGCAUGCCCGUGCAGCCACGUGGAUGGGCUACGGUGGACGCGCAAGCGGUGGGCGGGCCGCUCUACCUGGAGAAGGUGAAAUCACCCAAAUGGCAGGUGGUCUUCUCGAGUGGCUCUUCGAAGGGUGAUAUCGUGGUGCGGAAGGGGGUGUCCUUGGAUAGCGAAGAGGUGGCGGUCUUGACUUGCGGCACCGUCGUCGAGCAGGCAUCCCCACUGGAAAUCACCGAGGACGGCAUCGUUCGGAUGCCGAUCACCUUCGAGGGACGCCAGCCUUCGAGCAGCUCGCAUCCAGCCAAAGCCCGGAUGGGUUGGGUGACCUGUGAUGCGACCCAUCAGGGUGGUCCCAAGUUCUUCGAACCCGUGGACUCCGACGCCAAGCCCAAGAUGCGGGAGCAGGAGCAAGACGAAGGCAACUGGGAAACCAACCGAAUCUGGCGUGUGGCAAACCUGCAGGACGCGGAUCAUCUUCCGCUGGUGAGAAAAUGCGAGCCGUACGCUCCGGGCUCUGGCAAGGUCCCGCCUAGUGACAUGCUGAUCAGGUACUUGGAGAAUGGUGAGAUGGUCACUCAGGUGGGCCACUCCAAGAAGGUCCGUGGUUACAUGGUCAUGCCAGUGAAGCUAGAUACAGCUGGCGGUGAGCAGGGCUGGGUGGUCCGCCGACUGGUGGAUCGCAACCGUGAUCAAGCGGCCUGGUUUGAAGAAAUGAUCAACGGCGAAGUCCGUGACAAGAGGAAGCACCGCCGAGACAAGGACUCUGAUUUGGUCACCUUAAUGCCUUAAUUAUGUUCACUGGAUGUUUUGAGGUGGGACAUAGCCAAAGCUCGAUCGUUAAUUAUUUUCCUUGGUGCAGCAGGAGCAGACUUGACAUACUCGGAGCAUUUCUGUGGGAGACAACUAGAGAGAGCACCCCGCGUGGGCGCCUCUUCCCAAAGGAUCAGCCAGCAGAUGAGUGACGGCCGGCAGCGCAUUGCAACAUGAGGCUGUC